UCCCCCCCCCCCCCCUCCCGCAACUCCCCCAAAAUAGAAAAAAAAAAAAAAAAAAGUCUCCCUGCCUUGUUUCUUUCUCCUAUCGAUCUUCAGCAUCUGUUUUCAACUUCCCAUCUAUUUUGCUUUCCUAGCGAUGCGAGGCCAUGAUCGGAUUAACACCUGUCUUCCGGACGAGCUCAUCGUUGAGAUCUUCCGCCGCCUUGAUUCCAAGUCCUCCCGCGAUGCCUGCUCCCUCGCCUGCAAGCGCUGGCUCCGCCUUGAGCGCCUCAGCCGAGCAACUAUCCGGAUCGGUGCUACCGGUUCGCCCGACCUAUUCGUCAGCCUCCUGGCAAGCCGUUUCUCCGAUGUCAAGAAUAUCCACAUUGAUGAACGCUUGUCGAUUUCUCUGCCUGUUCAGCUCGGGAGGAGGCGGGCAACCGAUAAUUCUACGGUUUCAUCGCUUAAGCUGCGUUUUGUGACUGAAAAAAGUGGAAGUGAGGAUAGCGACUUUGAUUCGAUAUGUUUAUCAGAUGCUGGGUUGGCCGCUCUAGGUAAAGGCUUUCCGAAGCUGGAGAAGUUGAGCUUAAUCUGGUGUUCUAAUGUCUCCAGUGAGGGAUUAAUAUCCCUAGCUCAUAAGUGUAGUUGCCUGAAAGCGUUGGAUUUACAGGGCUGUUAUGUUGGAGAUCAAGGUCUGGCUGCUGUUGGGCGGUGUUGCAAGCAUCUUGAAGACUUGAAUCUGCGUUUCUGCGAAGGCUUGACUGACAAGGGUUUGGUUGAAUUAGCCUUGGGCGUGAAAAAAUCCUUAAAAUCUCUGGGUGUGGCAGCUUGUGCCAAAAUAACUGACAUCUCAAUGGAAGCAGUAGGAACACACUGUAGAUCCCUUGAGACAUUGUCGUUGGACUCUGAGUACAUCAACAAUAAAGGGGUGCUUGCUGUGGCUGAAGGAUGUCCCCAUUUGAAAGUUCUGAAGCUGCAAUGCAUCUAUGUCACAGAUGAUGCUUUGAACGCUGUAGGAAAUCGUUGUCUGUCUUUGGAUUUAUUAGCUCUCUAUAGUUUUCAGAAAUUUACUGAUAAGGGUUUAGGUGCAAUUGGGAGCGGAUGUAAGAAGUUGAAGAACUUGACUUUAAGCGAUUGCUAUUUCCUUAGUGAUAAGGGUUUGGAAGCAAUUGCUGCCGGUUGUCAGGAACUUACACAUCUUGAAGUCAAUGGGUGCCACAACAUUGGAACUAUGGGAAUAGAAUCAAUUGGAAAAUCUUGCCAUAAUCUCACUGAGUUGGCAUUGCUUUACUGCCAAAGGAUUGGUAAUGAUGCCCUUCUUGAGGUUGGGCAGGGCUGCAAAUUCUUGCAAGCUCUUCACUUGGUAGAUUGCUCGAGCAUUGGAGAUGCAGCCAUGUGUGGUAUAGCUAGUGGUUGCGGGAAUUUAGAGAAGCUACAUAUCCGUCGAUGUUAUGAGAUUGGGAACAGGGGAAUCAUUGCUGUUGGUCAGCAUUGCAAGUUUCUAACAGAUCUUAGCAUUCGAUUUUGUGACAGGGUGGGGGAUGAGGCCCUUAUUGCAAUAGCUGAGGGCUGUUCCCUUCAUAAUCUGAAUGUUAGUGGUUGCGUUCAAAUUGGAGAUGCUGGAGUAAUAGCUAUUGCAAGAGGGUGCCCUCAACUUUGUUAUUUAGAUGUGAGUGUGCUACAGGAUUUGAGUGACAUGUCAAUGGCUGAGUUGGGGGAGCACUGUCCAAUGCUGAAGGAAAUAGUGCUCUCACACUGCCGUCAAAUAACAGAUGCUGGUAUUUCCCAUCUGGUGAGAAAUUGCACCAAGCUGGAGUCCUGCCACUUGGUUUAUUGCCCUGCCAUAACUUCAGUUGGAGUGGCCACUGUGGUUUCCAGCUGUCCUAACAUAAAGAAGGUGCUGGUUGAGAAGUGGAAGGUUAGCCAGCGGACCGAGCGUCGUGCACGCUCUGUCAUUUCCUACCUCUGUGUCGAGCUCUAGACAUUUCACACCUUCUCCGCUGUCUCUUGUACAUUCCAUAGCUAGCGAUAUGUAUAUGUAUCUUCCUGACAUGAAAAGCUGUUGCCCCUUGGCGGUUUGAGCUUAUGUCUUGGCUUUCAAUUAGGUUGUAUGAAAAUUGCAGUGCCUGGUUGGUUGCCUUUGAUAAAUAAGUGUUCAUAUCUGUAGAUAUAGUAGCCACAACUCACUAGAUUAUUAUCACAGACAAAUCUUGUUAUGGAGAUGAAAGAUUUGCUUCUAUCA